GCGACUGGCGCGGUGCAGCCAGCUUGGUUAGGAAGUGCUGUGGACUGGAGGAGGCGCGCGGCGACGCCUUUAAUGCAUGUUUAACAGGGUCCUUAAUCUUUAACACGGGUUUAUUUUAGAUUGAAAAUGGAUUUCGGCGACUUGUUUGAUGAAAGGACGUUUCCUUUCUCUGACUUUCAGGAGUUUACGUUUCUCCCGAGGCAUCAGCAACUUUCAGACCGAGUUAAGAAACGUUUAUAUUAUGGUCUUGAUCCAGACAGUUCGCUGGAUGCACUGUCGUGUCCCGUGACAGACAUUGCUGUAGAACUCCUCCAGAAAUCAGCCCCAAGUCCAAUACGAAAGCUCCACAAGAAAUACGCUGCACAUGUUGCUAGAGAAGCAUGCAUUUCACCAUGUGCUAUGAUGUUGGCCCUUGUUUACAUUGAAAGACUUCGACACAGAAACCCAGAAUAUCUUCAACAAAUCUCUUCCUCUGAUCUUUUCUUGAUAUCUAUGAUGGUGGCCAGUAAAUAUUUGUACGAUGAAGGUGAGGAGGAGGAGGUUUUCAACGACGAAUGGGGUACGGCCGGCAAGCUGGAUGUCCACACUGUCAACACCCUGGAGUUGAACUUUCUCAGUGCAAUUGAGUGGAGCCUGUUCACUGAACCCAGUGAAUUGUUCAGUGUGCUCAAUCAACUUGAGAGCAGCAUUGCAGAGCGGGAGGGUGUGAGACGCGGAUGGUUGACCUACACCGAUCUGUGUGUGCUGCUGGAGCAGGCCAACUGGAGGCUGGCACUCACCAACAUCUACCAGCACUUUACCAAGGUCACUUGCAUGCUGGGCCUCCUCUACCUAACCAGUGUGGCGGGACUCAUUGCCGCCUCAGCAGUGCUCCAGCAGCUCUGCCUGCCCCACUACAGCCAAUCAGGCCUCAGCCCCAUAGAGCCCGCCCUCCUUAUGCGUCCUACCCCUGCCCACCCCCGCUGCUGCGUCCUGGUCAAUGGCAGCCAGAAGCCCCGCCUCCCUAUGGAACCAGACUUUCACAGUCCCUCCUCCUUUCCCCGGUCCCUCAGUCAGAGCCUCGCACCCUCCCUUUGGGCCUCUCUUCUCUUGGUUCUAGCCCCUCCGGAUGCUUCGCGGGACGAAAGAGCCAACCCCCCAUUCUCUUGCCGCCCGGACUACUUCCCCCUGUGUGGGGCUGGUAACGUCUCCAAUGGCCGCCACCCACCUUGGUAUGCCUGGCUCGUGCCCACAUUACUCAGCGACAGCCCUUCGCUUCCUCAUGCUCCCUUGAUCCCUGUGGCUGCCCUUCAGAGACACACCUGCUGCCCGGAAGCCACGCUGCCGUUUAGCAAGGAUCCCAGUCUGCUCAUACCCAGCUAGGAACCUGGCUGCCGAAUCCCAGUCACGGACACCUCCCUUAAUGAAAAAGAAAACCAGCUUUUCUUUUAGACUCGCUCAGUAAUGUUUCCUUCAGAUUUCUCUGGGGUUUUGUAUACUUAAAACCUUGUAAUGGCUCUAACUGCACUUAUGCCGCCCACUAGUGGCAAUAUGUUAAGGAUACUGAUAGUAAGGUACAUAUGUAAAUAAGAUGUAAAUGAAGAUUGAUUUUGAGCAUGUAAUCGAGUGCAGACAAGCUACAAGGUGUCUUCAUUUAUGAAGCUUAUGGCCAUUGUGUUGUGUUCAUAAAUUGUUUUAAACUUUAAAUUAGUUAUGAAUCAAUCCAUGACUACAAGUUAGCUUACCAGAAGUCCCAAAAGAUACCAUAGUUAAUAAAUGAGGUAAAUCACAUGCAAUGAAUGCCCUCACAAUAAGUUCAGCUUGUAUUGACAGUGAUGGAUGAAUUUGGGGGAUAAACCCUUUUUAUAUUAUUUUGCAUGUAGCACCUUCGGUUUGAGCCGAGAUUUAGUUUUUCCUUCUUCAGUUUACCACAUUUCAACAUUUUUUGGUAUUUUGCCUUUUGAUACAAAAGAUUUAGAAUUUUAUAGAAUAUUUUGCAUCCUAAAGAUUUUUUGCAUCCUAAAGACAUUAAUUUGACUCACAGAAGCUCACACAAGCACAAUAAAGAGUGGAUGAGAUUGCUUUAACUGAAUUGGUAGCCAUGGUUUGGAAGUGGUUGGCCAGUGUAGAUCUGUUCCCCUGCUUGUUCUUCAGGAGAGGACAGUAGUGUUUGCUUCCAGAAUUGUUCAGAUGGAGAAAGUUUCCUAUUGAGACUUUUUUGUGUGCGUUUGUUUUUUUUUUUAAGGGGGGUGGGGGAGGAAAAAAAACCUAGGAUUGUGAAGAAUUACUUAAAUUGUUCCAUUUUACUUUAAAAAAUACUUUUUUGCCAUCUAUUACUAUCUUAUCUCCUGCUACUAUAAUAAAACCUGUGAGCCUGUAAACUAAGCGAACAAUCAGUCUAUUGGAAGAAAGGUUGGUGAGAUUCGGGUGUCCUGUAAAGGGAAGUGAGGGAGUGCUGUGGAUGUGAUGCUGGCCUAAGGAACGCUGUAUGUUAGUUUCACCUGCAUGAGGUCCGCUGAAUGUUUGGGAAAUCGGGUCGUUAUUGAGCCAAUGUUUUGUUUGCUUUUUUAAAAAUGGGAUUUGUUUACAACCCUAUCACAUGGACCUCAUUGUUUUGGUGGCAUACACAAUAAAUAAUUUGUUUGGGAAUAAA